AUGAAAAUUCACGUCCACUUCAAUCAAAAUGGGCAACCUGUGUCUGAUGGAGCUGUCAAGUUGGUUACUCAUAUUGGAGUGGAAUCAACUAGUUUUGACAUCAAAGUUUUCAGAUGGGAUGUGUGGAAACAAGGACAUUUACGAAAUGAUGGAUCAUUCACAGAUGAAGCAACCAAACAAAUGGCUAAAAAAAUUGAUGAUUAUGCUAGUAAAGUUAAAUUCGGUGAACUGGCAACCUACUGCUCAUUUUUACACUUUCAACAUUUUUUUAUCUCCCACUUUCCUUUACUGCGGCACACUGAUCUCCAUCUUCUCCCUCAAAUUUCUCACAAUCUCCCCUCGCUAAUCUGUCGCACAUCGAUCUUAACACUCUUAUCUGCCGCACAUCUUCUUUCUUUCAUUCUUGUUUCUCAAAUCUCACUCUCAUCUUACAGUCCCUUUCACCCUUAUCUUGUGCGCUGCCGUGUCCUUGCUGCCGCACCGCUCCGUGCCUCUGCCUCAUUCCUUCUUCAGUUCCUCUCACAGUCUCUCACGCCUUUUUGCUUGCUGUCUCUCGGUCUCUCACGCUCGCGCUCAUGUUGCCUUCUCUUCAUGACUUCAACAGCAUCGAGAUAUGUGAAUCUUCAAAUUUUGAUCCAAAUGCCAUCAAGGAUGAAGUGGAACAACUUGAUAAGACUGAUUUGGUUUUAUCCAAGAUUGCAGUGGAUCUCGUAAUUGAUUAAUAAAGUGAUUAAUAAAUUGAGGUAACAUGAAUAGACUUUUUGUUAUUUUUUGUUUAUGAUAAUUUUUUUGUUAAUUUUUGUUUAUGUUUUUGCUGAGUAUUGUUGUUGAGAAAACUUAUUGCCUUAUGAUUAAUGUUGAGCAAGCUCACUGGCAAUGGUCAUUUUUUAAUAUAAUUGGCUGAGUAUUGUUGUUGAAUAAUUUAUUCUGUUUUAUUCUUAUUUUUUGCUUUGUUUUUUUUUUUCAAGCUUGCUUAAUGACUAACAGCAGCAUGUUAUGGAUUGUUAUCAUGGUUUAUAGACUAUUAGUUUGUGUUUUCAUAAUGUAAUCAUUGUCUCUUAAAUGUAAUCAUAGUUCAUUGGCUGAGUAUUGUUGUUGCUAUUAGUUUGUGUUUAUGGACUAUUAUGGAUUGCUAGUGUUAGAUAAAUUAAGUUUCUGUUUAUGGACUAUUAUGGACUACUAGUGCUAGAUAAAUUAUGGACUAUUAUUUAAGUUUGUUUUUAUGUUAUAUUGUAUUUGUGUUUUUAUUUGAGUAUUAUUGACAAUGUUUGAACUUAUUAGAUUAUGUCUUGAAUAUCUUAGUACCUAACUAUCUUUACAUGAAUUACAUUUAAGGUUUAAUGCAAGAAACAAAAACAAAAACCAACUAACUUAAGAAAAUCGAUUGAAACUGAUUACCUUAAUUCGGUUUAAUUCUUUUGGUUUUUCUUACAUACAUCAAUUGGUUUGGUUUUUAUAAUAAAUUAAGUCGGUUAAGUCAGUUAUUCAAUUUUUACGACUAAAUUAACCGAAUCAACCGUUUACUCAAUCUUAUUGAUCAAUCCCAAAAUUGAAGCAAAAUAUGUAACUGCAUUACUAUAUAUAGUUGCCAGGCCAUUACCUUUUCCUUUCUUGUUAAGUGAAAGAUUCACUUAUAUAUUCUAUUUAGUGAUCGUUUUAAUUGGCUUAAAUAUAAAACUUGCCUUAAACUAUAUAAUUUUUGUCAAUUUAGUAUAUAAAAAAGAUUAUUACAUGAACUUUUAUUCUGUUAUCAUGUUCUAACCUUAAAUUAACAUCAUUAAUUAACUUUAUUGGUUUGAUAUGAAUA